UGGAUGAUAAAUCUGGGGGAGAAUUAGGUGAAGUGGUCGGGAUAUGAGGUCAACACUUUCUGCUUCGUAAUGUUUGUUGGGAUUUGCAGGGAUCUGGUGUCGUGACGUCAAUCAGAAUCAAUCCAGACCUGGCUCUCUCUAAUCUAUUGUGUGUUGAUCAUCAUCGGGAGAUAGUAUCUGAGCGUGAAUAGGAAAAUGAUAUGAACAGUCGUGGCGGAUCAGACCGUCUGUAUUAUCAUGAUGAUGGUGGUGGUGAUGAUGAUGAUGAUGAUGAUGAUGAUGAUGAUGAUGAUGAUGAUGAUGAUGAUAGAGAUGUCAGUGUGGCCAAUAUGAAUUUCAAGAUCAUUGUUUGCAAGGCCAGGUUGAUACGAGCGAGUCAAGCAAUGAUGUGGACCCCUGUCAUUGGACUCCCCGUCUGCACAGUCCUUUGCUGGAGCGAGGGUGUGGCAGUAAACAAAGUUCCGGUGUUGCUAUACAGGUAGGGACCAAGUAUGGGCGCUGGCAGCCUGAAGCCAUGACAGCGGUAGCGCCCUCCCGGUCGCCCCGAGGC